UAAAGAGUGUGAGAGAGUGAAGAGAAGAAUCGUGAAAGAUGGCCGAGAAAAGCGAAGUCGAAGAGGACGAUCGCGUGCCGCUAAGGUUGAGACCAGAAUGGUCCGAUGUUACUCCGAUUCCACAAGACGACGGACCUAAUCCGGUGGUUCCGAUCAACUACUCCGAAGAGUUUUCCGAAGUUAUGGAUUACUUUCGAGCCGUUUACUUCGCCAAUGAACUCUCUUCACGCGCUCUUUCUCUCACCGCUGAAGCUAUCACUUUAAACGCUGGAAACUACACCGUGUGGCAUUUCCGGCGGUUAUUACUCGAGUCACUGAAAGUUGACCUACACGAAGAACGGGAAUUCGUGGAGCGUAUGGCCAUUAGCAUUUCCAAAAAUUAUCAGCUUUGGCAUCAUAGACGAUGGGUUGCUGAGAAGUUAGGACUUGAAGCUAGAAACGACGAGCUUGAGUUCACCAAGAAGAUACUGUCUAUUGAUGCCAAACAUUAUCAUGCAUGGUCUCAUAGGAAGUGGGUUCUUCAAACACUAGGAGGAUGGGAAAAUGAACUCACUUAUUGUUGUGAACUGCUUGAGGAAGACAUAUUUAACAAUUCUGCUUGGAAUCAGAGAUAUUUUGUCAUAACAAGGUCUCCCUUCUUGGGGGGGCUAAAAGCUAUGAGAGAGUCUGAAGUGCUUUACACCGUUGAAGCCAUUAUUUCCUACCCCGAAAAUGAAAGUUCGUGGAGAUAUCUUCGGGGCCUUUUCAAAGAUGAAACCACAUUAUAUGUAAAUGACACUCGAGUUUCUUCAGUAUGUUUAAAGAUUUUAAAAACUAAAAGCAACUAUUUGUUUGCUCUUAGUACUCUGUUGGAUCUUAUCUGCCUCGGUUAUCAACCAAGUGAAGAUUUCAGACAUGCCAUUGAGGCAUUAAGGACUUCAGAUUUUGAUAAACAAGAUCCAGAUAUAGCAAGAACUAUUUGCUCUAUCUUGGAACAUGUUGAUCCAAUUAGAGUCAACUAUUGGGUCUGGCGCAAGACGAGACUUCCUCAGUUAGCUUAAUACCAAAUCAAUUAAAGGAAAACUUUGUCUUCUGUGUAAUUUAUACUGUGUAUUUAAAUUGGAUGUCAUGAGCCAUGUAUCCUUAAUUAUUGGUAAAUUGUCAUUUUUUUAUUUCCUCGAAUUCAUUUUAAUUAAGUGAUGUAGCAAAGACAUCUGGGUAAACUUGGUUGCUAAACAGCCACAGUGGAAGGAUCUGGAAUGUUAAAAUGUUUGUGGUAGUAGCGGAACUUUUAAAUUUUAUUUAUUAAGACAUUCUCUCAGCCAAAAUCUUGGAUAUUUAACUGUUUUCAACA